GACCGCAGGAUCCGUGGAGGAGCCGUCCCCCGAGGCGGCGCGUUUGGCGAAGGCCCUACAGGAGCUCAGUCAAACAGGUUGGUACUGGGGAAGUAUGACUGUUAAUGAAGCCAAAGAGAAAUUAAAAGAGGCACCCGAAGGAACUUUCUUGAUUAGAGAUAGCUCGCAUUCAGACUACCUACUAACAAUAUCUGUUAAGACAUCAGCUGGACCAACUAAUCUGCGAAUUGAAUACCAAGAUGGGAAAUUCAGAUUGGACUCUAUCAUAUGUGUCAAGUCCAAGCUUAAACAAUUUGACAGUGUGGUUCAUCUGAUUGACUACUAUGUUCAGAUGUGCAAGGAUAAGCGGACGGGCCCGGAAGCUCCCCGGAACGGCACCGUCCACCUUUACCUGACCAAACCGCUCUACACAGCCGUGCGGCCGCUCCAACAUCUCUGUAGACUCACCAUUAACAAAUGUACCGGUACCAUCUGGGGACUGCCUUUACCAACGAGACUAAAAGAUUACUUGGAAGAGUAUAAAUUCCAGGUAUAAGUGUUUCUGUCUUUCUAACCUUGCCUCGUCUAGAGUCUCUCCGAAUGCAGCUAUGUCAAAGAGAACCAAAACUUGAGUGCUCUGGAUAACUCCUCGGGAUUCUCAAAACAGCUGAAGUCCAUCUAAUUUAAAUGGGUGCGGAGGUAGCUAGGUUUUUAAAGUUCCUCCAGAGAUUUUCACGGGAGUGAUGCUGACCUUUGUAAAGGCUGACCAAGACCCACCCGUUAAUCCUUUUCCAUUAGAAU